AUGGUAGAACAGACAUCCCAUCACAUCACUCUGUGCGUUUCAGAUAAAUAUGACCUGGCAGCAAUCAAACUACAAGCAGAGAAAAUAUGGAUAGAUCAGAAGUGUAUUGCAGAGCUCGUCAUUCACAUAUCUCCGACGAAUGCGCCUGACACCAAUGCAGAUGUAUCGCCUCUUAUUCAACUUUUCCAGAAUCAACAACUGACACUGGAUAAAAUAGCUAAUAGCCAAUUCUGGCUCAAAACGUCCCUUCCAGACGAGGCUUGUUUCUCCCACUUCCCGCUCUUUCCUCAAGUUCUCCCUGUUUCUAAGUUAUAUGCUCUAUUAUUUCCGAACCACCGAUGUCAACUUCUGGCAAAUAGCUUCGAAAUCUUCAUCAACAUCCAAAAUGCCUACGAACGCGCUCUUGAAUUCUGUACCACAAAAAACUCCAUCAAAACUAAGGUAAAAAAACAGCUUGAUAAAAUCAAAAAUUCGGUCACCAGAUUUUCAAUCGAUACGAUGGACAUGCUCAACCCAAGGUUACCAAGCGGUCAAGUGUACCAGGAAAAAUAUGUGCUGAUGAACUACUAUGCUACCAUCAAUAUGAUCAGAAUUUACGAAUAUUCAAUUCUGGAUUUGUUAUUGAUACCGGAUGAAUAUCAGUCCGGGUUUGUCAUUCAGUUUGUAGAUCGCAUCAAGAACUGGCAGACAGACCUAAGGCUAAAUGCUGAUCUCGUGCAAUCGUGCUUUUUGGACUCUCUUCUUGAUUCAUGGGCGACCGCAUAUAAAUCGCUCAUUCCGAAAAUGAAUUCAAACACUAUUACGGUUACAGACAACUGGCCAACGGAUCAAGUAUUGGAAAUUUAUUGCAAGCAGUCUCGAGCGUUUGUAAAUAUACAAGAACUUUGUUGUGCCAACCGGCUAAAAUGUCAAAACAGAGAACUCAAGAGUGGUCAGUUUAAAAGAUGCGCUAAGUGUAGAUGGGCUCGGUAUUGCUCACCGGUAUGCCAGGCAAACGAUUGGCCACGGCAUAAGCUAGAGUGCGGCAAGGAACUCACUGAAAAAGAGGCCGAAAAAAUCCUACAUAGACGAAUUCUUAUCAUUGGAUCAGAAAAUGAUAUUAGCAGCUAAAAAAUUGUAUAUAGAUGUUGCAAUUGUGUACCGCCUUUUUCAUUUGA